GAGGACUGUAGUAACAAGGUGGGAAUGGAACGUAGAGAAGAGUCAGGGUGGAACGUUUAUGUUAGACCACUGAAGGAGCGAAAUGGCAAAAAACGUAAAUGUAUUCCUUCAAAUGAGCACAGUGCUUCUGUUGUACCUAACGGGAAGCGUAGAAAGUGGAAAGCAGUUAAAGCAACAGUGGUAGAUAUGAAGUUUUUUGAAUUGGACUGUUUUCCUUUUUCUGUCGGAGUUUUAACGUUAAGUUCGUCUAGUAGGAGUAUAGAAAACUUAUCGGCUCGCUUCGUGUCGCUGUGUGCAAAUAGAGGACUGUGUCGAGUUUGUGGAAGCCAAGUGAACCAAAGCUUUUUAUUAUGUUUUUCUUGUUUCGACGUGUAUCACUAUUAUUGUGCUCCCCACGUUGCUAAGGAAAAUAACAGUGUUGCUAUCAAUCAAGAAUAUGAUCACCCUUUGAACUUAAAAUGGCUCUGUUCGUAUUGCAAGCCUUGUGAACUGUGCUCUGAGCCUCUUUCGAAAGACUUUAUCGAAACUUGCGCAAGUUGCGGCCUUUGUGUCCAUCAAAGCUGUCGAGUAAAGGUAGUGAAAACCUCGAAGAGAGGCCUACAGUGUCUGCGUUGUGAAAAAAUGUUUCUGGAUCCUGUCGACUGUUCUUCAUCUGUCGAGGACUUUGACGAGACUUCUUUGAAACAUGCCUUUUGCGUUGUUUGUGCGAAUGCUGUGACGGAAACUGCUGGUUUGUAUUGCUCUUUAUGCAAUAGAUACGUACAUAAAAAGUGCGACCAUUGUACAUUUGAACUUUCAACAUUGGCCGGUUUUUAUCCUUACAAUUGUCCUUCAUGUCGACAGAAAAAUACCGUUAACUUAGAGUUGGGAACUCUAAAGUUUUCAUACCUUAUGGAAGAGCCUCGACAGAAUUCAUUACAAGUUUCCGAUAGGGGAAGGGAAGUGAACAUUGUUUAUAGAAAUGCUGUUUGUCCAUUCUUUACAUAUGUCAUGGGUAGAAGAAUAUGUAUUAGUCUUCACAAGUCCGUACUUUCCAAAAUCCUCUUAUUGGAAAACAGUACGGCUGAACAACUCUCAUCUGAACGGUUACCAGUGAUUAUCAAACUUCGACUUGAUGUCUUGAAACAUAUAGAACAUCUAAAAAGUCGUAUCUUAAAGGAUGCCGAAGUUUUUGAAAUGAACUGUUUGGACGAGAAGGCAUCGAAGGGGUUGGUCUUGUCUGACGCCAAAGAAUCUCCAGAACUAUUUGGUCUAAAGAAUUUAUCAUGUGAAGUUCCUACCUCAGUCAUCCAAGAAAUUGUGGAAAGAGAUCAAGUGAAUGGAUUGCGUGGUACAACCUCCAAUGUGUUUCAAACUAUUCACUUGUCUUCUAUGGAAGACUACCGAUUUUGUGCUUUUUGCAAGUUGCAACAAACGUCAUUGGGACGACUCUUACCCAUUUUUGAUGACUCGGCUCCCGAAAGGAUUCGAUGGGUUCAUUCUCAAUGCGCCUUAUUUGCAGCUGAGACCUUUGAAGACAACACUGGAAAUAUUCAUCGUGUUACAAAUGCCUUGUCUCGCAGUCAACGGGCUCGCUGUUUCUCAUGUAAACAACCUGGAGCAACAGUUGGUUGCUGUAUGUCAAGAUGUCAACGAAACUAUCAUCUUCCUUGUUCUAUUCGUACUUCUGGAAAGUUCGUGAAUGAGAAAUUUUAUUGUUCCGAGCAUGCAAAGAAACUGAAAGCUUCAAGUGAAGCUAUCAAGUCUUGUCCUGUUUCCGUUGAAGGCGACCCUCAAAGAUGUUUAUAUAUCCUACAAGAAAAACGUUCUUAUCAAUCGUUUGCUACAUCAAAGGCGCAGUAUGCUUAUUUAAGAGUCGGCUCUUUCAUGUUGAUUUUCCCGGGAUGUCUUUCAGCCGAGUAUGCUUUCUUUUUUCACGACCAAGAUAUUCUAUUUCCUCUUGGCUAUAUUUCCUGUAGAUAUUUCUGGAGUGUUGACCAACCUGAACGUGUAGAAUUAUAUACUUUUCAUAUUUCCAUGAACGAGAAGAGAAAGCCCUUGUUUGAAAUAUACUCGGCUACGCGAACAACUUCAAACUUCACUUGGCCAAUACAAGGCUUGACUCCAGACGAAGCAUGGAAACAUUUGUUGUCUCGAAAUCCAGCAAUUGAAUCUAAGUUGGAUGGCAAGGCAGCAUUUGGCUUAUCUAUUCCUGCUGUUCGAUUCAUACUAGAACAUCUACCCGAGAUAGAUAAAUGUAGAAAUUAUGUGCCACAUUAUGUAAAGCUUAGUUCAAUAGAUAAUGAUACGGAAAUGGAUUGGAAUGAUAGACUAUCUACGUGCGCUAGAUUAGAACCUUAUCGAGGUUUUCGUAUGAAAACCAAACCUGAAGUUGAAAUCAAAUCCGUCAUUACUCAAAAUGGACUUUGUUUGCCUUCUAUGAACAAGAAUGUUUUCAAUGAUGUCAGAUUUUCAGACCAACAAAUUCAAAACUAUUCAACGAGUUAUCGUCGAAUGCGUCGAAGAUGGCGUCAACGUUGCAAGGUAAAACAAAGCGGCAUUCAAGGUUUGGGUUUAUAUACCUUGGAGAACUUGCCUGAUGAAGAAUUCGUGAUUGAAUAUGCUGGUGAGCUUAUCCGACCAGUCAUUGCAGAUAUUCGAGAGAAAUUCUAUGAUAGACGCAAGAUUGGUUGCUACAUGUUUCGACUGAAUGAUGAUUUUAUUGUAGAUGCUACUAUGAAAGGGAACUAUGCCCGAUUUAUUAAUCACUCCUGUGAACCCAAUUGUCGUUCGAAAAUAAUUACUGUAGACGGUGACAAACAAGUUAUUGGGAUUUUUGCAAAGCGAAAUAUUGCUGCGGGGGAAGAACUUACGUACGAUUAUCAGUUUGAAGAAUUUGGUGAAACUAUUCCUUGCAACUGUGGCGCCCCUAAUUGUCGCGGAAAAAUGAAUUAGAACUUUGUAAGCUUCCUACAGACAUAGGGCUCAUUUGAAAUACUGUAAAACACACAAUAUUUUAAUUUGGC